UUGAUGCUUUCAGUGUUAACAUGUUUGUUCAGUUUUAGUUUAAGUGGCAUGCCUGAGAAGUAGCUUGGUGUUGCUAAGCGCAUUGAACACUGUUAACAUGAAUUUUAACAUGGAACUGAAGUUUAGAUCAAAGAUCUAAGACUUCUUCAGUCGAUUUUAAGUCUGCAUGUGAGCCAAGUUGCCCAUCAGGCCGGCACUUAUCUCCGGGUUUUGUAUCAUGAGGUGAUUAGAAGUAUUUAUACUAUAGCCUGGAUGAGAUGCUAGUACCUUGCAGGGUUACCCUAGCACUAAAUUCACCGGUACGCAUUUGAAAGGCACAUUGAGAGUUAAGUAUCUUGCCUAAGAACACAACACAAUGUCCCCGGCGAGGGAUCGAACCGGGACAGCUAGAUCCGUAUUCGAGCGCACAAAUAUAUGAGGCAACCGCGCCUCUUUUGAGUGAAUAAAGGGCAACAUCAUGUUCGUUAUAGUAAAACUUUAAUUGACAAAUUCAUUUAGUUAUAUUUUAAUCCGUAUUUGACAUUUGCAGGACUGCACACUACAGACCGCAGACUGCAGACAUUUUUGACUACUAUCAUAUCCCCAUUUCGAUUAUAUUACCGAAAGCUAAUAAAAAGCCUAACGCGAGCGAUAUUUAGGCUAACCUGAAUGAUAUUCAAGCGAUCAAAAGCGCUUUUUAGGCCUAAAUGUUGUUUGGAGUAUGCAAAUGUCGUACAACGUAUCCUAAUAAAUAUUUCAACAAGUCAAAGUUUAUGAAAGCUUGUUGCCGAUCAGUCUAGCCCUUUACAAAUUUGGCUCUGCUGUGGUAAAUUUAUUGAUGACUUUACUAAAGUUGUAAAGAGUUCAGAAAUCCCGAAUGGCUCAUGCAUUAGGAUCUGGUGGUUCAUAGUUAUAUACGCAAAUGCACUCCGUGUCGCGAUGGGAUUUGUCGUUUAAUUCAUGACUUCAGUCCAAGUUAAUUAUCUUCUUUCAUUUGAGUCGUCAUGGUUAUUGCCUCUUUAAAAAGGCUUGCUCAGGAUUUAGAAAAUUAUGAGAGUCAACAUUGAAUCCGCAGGGAGGGGGAACUCAUUAGGCAAUAAAAUGCUUUGUGUGAUUUGCGCAUGAAGCUUGGUGGCAGAAAAACAAAAUAAACUGGACGGCUUGAAUCAUUAUCGGGAUGUGGCUUGCGUGAGUUCAUUUUACCUUAAAAAGGUUUUUUUUUUCUUUUUUGUUUUCUUUUUCUUUUUUCUUUUUAAUAACAAUAAUUGUUUUUUUCCCUCAUUAUAAACAAAAGACGCCACUUACACUGACAAACCUUCUCAGACGCUAGACUUAUAGCUCCAGGGCUUGCACUGCUCGUUACCGGGAGUUUACUAAUAAUAUGUAAUUGAGAGCUGUGUCUUCCAUUCUUCUAACAAUGGUGUCAUUCAGGAUAAAUCCAUAGGUGAGUAAACCAGAUUGACUGGCAAGAUAAGAUCUGAGUGAUGUGCAUUUUACCUUAUGUUGUUCAUGUGAACAUUUGCAAAUCAAUUGACUGAUGAAAAAAAUAAAAAAAUAAAAAAAUAAAAAACAAAAGUCGGCUGCAACAAUUUUGCUUGUCAUAACUUCUCUUAGGACAUCAAGACCUCCAUGUAUAGGUAGUUUAAGCGCUGUAUUAUCUGCCACUUUUGGCCGGUGUGCAAAAUUACUGGUUCACAAAAUAAGGCAUCACAAUAAUUGCAAGGACGACAAUAAGCGAGAAGAAAUAUGUAAAAAGGUUUUGCUACAUGCCUUAUAAAUUCAUCCUGUAGUCGAAUUUCAUACUUCAAAGUAAAUGAGCACUUUUACUGGGCAUUCGCUGAAACAAAGUGGGACAACACAGUACGCUGACGACGACAACUAAAACAAAUUAACUGCAGGGAACGCUAUACAGAACAAUUGAAACAGGUAAAAAAAAAACACGAAAGUAUGAAACGUUUCGUAACCGAAAAAAUUAUGUGCGAAACUGAUUACAACUAGAAGACUAAAGAAGCUUAAAACCGUGCGGUGACAUUUAAAGUGCGGUUUUGCUCAUAAAAGUAAGUACAAGAAGCUUAGAGACAUAAUAUCCAAUCGCAUCCACUGCCACCUUAAUAAAAGAGACCGACAAAAGAGUGUUUUUUUUUCUUUGCAUUGAGCGCCCCGUUGCAAAGAUAACUGCUAGCGCUUACAGUACAUUUUCACAAAUGAACUUUUUCUUUGUGGUGUAAACUUUUACCUGUCGCGGUAUUUAUUGUCACGCUGUCAAUAAAACAAGGAAAUGUCAUCCACAGGAAAAUAUUGCCUUGAUAAUUAUUGCUGUCCACGCGGCAAAUAUAUCAAUGAAAUAUUUGCAGUUACGAUCUUACCACAGUCACAGAUUUGUUUCUGUGGUCGGAUAUAUGGUUCUAUUACAUUGCAUAGUACACUUAUUCUGCCGUGCACUUGUAAUUGUCUCAGGGAUCCUUAGUUUGAAAAUUAUGUCCUCUUGCAUGGUCUAUCGACCGCAUUCGUUUGAGUGGAUGCUACGGGUUGUCAACUUUGGAUAUUUCUGGCAACAAGUCUUCUCUUCAAGACCUUGAUAAACAGCAGAUAAGUUCCUUCGUAAUGCGUUUCUCUGUUAAGUAUUCUGAUCGCCUAGACGCAGUUACUGCGCAAAAAGUUUUGACUUCCAGUUCCUGAAGGUUUUGGGAUCGGUUAGACUGUCAUUGCGGCUUUGUAAGAUCCUCGUCGAAUUUUUAGGCUCUUUUCUGAACUUCUUGAAUCGGUUUUACAUUACCCACGGCAGCAGUGUUUGCUUUCUAGCAAUGUUUAAGUUAAUCAAAAACCUAGAUCUCGACCACCAAUCUUUCCUUUUUUGUGUGAUUUUCUGGUUUAGAAGACAACGCCCUCAUAGAAAAACCUUCUACCGGACUAUAAUUCUUGUCUGAGUCCUGUGGGGGUCUCUGGUGAUGUAAAUUUUUAUAGAAACUGUGCCCGACGCUAUUGAAGGAUCCGCUGUCAAUAUCAAUUGUGACACCAUGUUUCGUGGGUCGGUGAAGACAAAUGCUAUCAGUGCGAAGCAACGACUGAUGAAAUUACUUUCUUUUGACUACCAACUAAGGCACGCUGCCAAUCACAAAAUCGUCGAAACGCGACAUAUCGCAACACAUUCUUGGAACCCUCCAGAACAAUUGCACUUCGAUGAAAGGAUGGACUGCAGGAUAUCAGCUUAUCUUCUUACUAUUCUGAUUCUCCAAUGGUUACCGCCAGUGGAAGGAUCUCACUUUCGGCAUGCCAGUAUCAUGUGGGCUCCUACAGACUCUAUCAGUAACACGGUACGUUUUAACUUCCGUCUGGCUUUUCGAAGAUCAUCCCAAUACUGUGACCAGAAUACAAUAAGCCAGGGUAAACUUAUUAGCGUGGGUUCAUGGAAGGCACAGUGUAUAAGCGCUUCCAAUCCACGAUGCAAUUCGUCUGAGAUAACAGUUGGUAGCGCAGACUACUUUUGUACCGACUAUAGUACAAGCGAAGAUUGGACUAUGGGUGGAAAUACAUUCAAUUAUACGUUUCCUUCUACCAGUAAGGAAUGGUCUGUAAGUUUUUCUGGCUGCUGCUGGAUUUCAUUGUCUCGUGGUGGUAAUAAUUGGCUGGUGUCUACAAGCGUCAACCUUGCCAGACGAUCCGAUAAUGGAAGAAUUAACUCAUCUCCAAUAUCAAGGAGCGCUGCAAUUGUCCGAUUUAGAGAGGGUUGUCCCCAGUCUCUAAGAAUCCCUGUUGAAGACCCGGAUGGUGAUGUCGUUAAGUGUCGUUAUUCAACUUUCUCAGAGUCUCAAUUUAACAAUGACAGUUUUCCUUACGGUGUACUUGAUGAGGUAAAUGAGUUUACGGCUGGGUUUCUGCAAACAUUAGAUUUCCGACUAUGUUAAAAUAUAUAAUAUGCACUGGGUUAAUUGGCCACUUGGAGGAGCAAGAAUGUUGCUGUGAUCAUCUUCAGUCAAUCCUAAGCUUUGAUUUAAGGUGAUUCCCUAGUAAAAGAACCCGCCGUAGAUUCCCGAUAAAACUUGGUAUGCUGUUG